AGAAUACUCUUCACAAAAGAGAACCAGGAAAUAAAAAAGUGAUCUCCCCUAUUUGUUUAUAGUUAUCAUAUGAUUUGACAUGAAAAAUGUCAUCAGAGAAGUUUGAAAAUUUAGAAGAUGAUUUGUCUUCAGCUAUAGAUAAACUUCGCCCACAUGUUGAUAGUAUUUCCAGUUAUACAGGAGAGCAAAAGAAAAAUGCCGUACGCCAAGCAGAGAAGAAACUUGAAGAGGCUAAUUUCAUUAUCCAGGAAUUGGAAAAUGAAGCAAAAGCUGCUCCAAUCCAGUACAGAACACAGAUGUUGAGUCGCCUUAGAACAUACAGACGUAAUCUUGACCAACUUUCAAAAGAUGUGAAGCGAAAGAAUGAAUCAGGACUUUAUCAAGCUGACAAUUUUGGCUUUGACAGGGAUGAUAGGCUAGAGGCAUCACAGAGGAAUAGGUUGUUACAGGGUCACCAAGCACUGAACAGAACCAGUGAGAGUAUAGCACGAUCUCAUCAAAUUGCAGCAGAGACGGAGGAUAUAGGUACAGAAACACUCGUAGAGCUAGGUAGACAGAGAGAGGUUCUGACACGUACGAAAGAUAGGUUGCAUGACACUGAUGCAAAUUUAGGCAAGAGCAGAAAAAUAUUGAAAACAAUGGCAAUGAGGAUGAUGACCAACAAGAUGAUAUUAAUUGUGAUAAUUAUAUUAGAACUUGGAAUAUUAGGUGGUGUUGUUUACUGGAAAUUCUUCUCUUAAUGCUAAAUGUGAUAUGGAACAUAAACUGUAUGUUAGAUUGACAGGGUUUGAUGCAGAUAAUUACAACACAGGAAAUUGCUAUUAUUAACUAUAUGGUUUUAUUUUUCA